CUUGCUGGAAUCAACCAAUCAGAUCCAAUUUUACACUCGCGUGUUGGACGCACGUGUGUAAGUUUUCAUAGGGAUGGAUAAGAAGGCUAAAUUGUUCACCAAACGUUUUGCCGAAAGAUUGGCAAAAGGAAAGCCAAAGGAGGUCAAGAAAAAGGCUCUUCUUCUGAAGAGUAUACAGAAUAUUUCAAAAGAAUCUUUGAAAAGAGAACUAAAAGAUAACAUUGAUUUGUAUCUGAAAUACUUGAACAAAUGUUUGAAACGGUUGUCUGUGGAUACACCAAGUGGCAGCCAGGACUUCCAGCUGAUUCAGACAUGGGAAGACUGCCAGAGUGUUGUUGGUCUCACCAAGGAGGCCAGCAGGCAUCUGUGUACACAAGUGACUCUCAAGGAACUUGGAAGUGACGAGAAGGAUUUUGUAACAAUUUUACAGAAAUAUGAGGAUAAAUGUGACAUCAAGUCAAAGGAGAUGGUACCAGCCUGGAUGGCAACCACCAAGCACCUGCUGGCAUCAACCCGGAACACCACCGUCAUCACCAAACUCAUGAUGUACUAUCUCAGCAAACUACAGAGUGUUGCAGAAGACAGCAUAGCUAAUGGAGAAGAUGUGGAAAGCAUCACCACAAAUCUGAAGCAGUUCCUCCUAAUGGCCUACUUGAGAUCCGGCAAGGUGCAAGCUAAUGAACAAGAAGAAUCUCCCAAGAGACAAGAUGUCCUUGCAUCUCUCCUGUCCAUCUACAUUGACCUGCUCGUGUACUUAAACAGGAAUAAUGAGAAGAAAAAGGUGUCAAGGGAGAUAACUGGCUUGACGUCUUACCUACUUGGAGGAGAUUUGCCUAUGAGACUUGAUGUUCUAAUCCAGGUGUGCUCUCCAGUUGACUCAACCCAUGUCCUCUCAUUAGCCAGGUCAUGUUUAGAGAAGAUUCCAGAAAUGAUGGACCAUGCCACAUACCUCAGGGUCCUGCUCUGUCUCAGGAAGUUCCAUGACAGCAUCCCAGAUAUAAUUGAGAACAGCUGGAAGCUAAGAGCUCCCCUUGGCUUCAUUGACUGGCUGCGAGACAGGAGUCCCGAGGCCAUGACGCAGAUCCCGGAUGAUAUCCGCUUCAAGGGGAGACAGAUCACUCGCUUCCUUCUCACAAACCUCUCAGAAGACCUGCAGACUGUUCUUGAAGAUGUACUGACAGACAGGCACGCUGUCAGUGCAUUGAUGCCUGGGGAUGACCUACAGGAUGAGGAUGGUGAUGGGGACCAGUGUGAGACUGAGGCGAAGCAGCAACUCUUUGUCAUGGACAGAGGGAGGACAACUGAUGAUCCGAAGUCAAAACAGAAGUCGGAUGGGAAGCAUGAAAAGAAUUCAAAAUCAUCCACUGACCUUGACCUUGAAGAAAUGGAUGUUGAGACUGAAGAUCUCGAAACUUCGCAAACUGUUGACAAUACAGCUGAAGUUGAGGUCAUAGAUCUGUCAAAUGUCCUCAGUGCUAUAUACGACAGCAAACCAGACCAGUGUAUCGGAACAGAAUAUGUGUCCACUUCGUCACAAGAUUCCCCAAGGAAGAAGUCAGGGCCAGGGUUUAGACUGCCAUCUGCUAAGGCAAGGAAGGGCUCCAAGCCCGAAAAGUUGAACCAAAUUGAUGAGAUUGUACUGGGCACUUCUGAUGCUGAUGAAGCAAAGGAUGUGAUGGUCCCCAACCUUGCUGCUCACCUCAAGCAUGCCGAGCAGGUAGUUCCUGAUAUUUUCAUUGUGGAUGAUGCAGAGGUUGAGAAAGCAGAAUCUUUCACACAGAUGAAAACGAAGGGAAAGAAAGGCAUGAAAAUGUCAAACACUUCACCAGAAAUUAUUGAAAGCGAAUCAGACGAUUUCACUUUGGUCCAGAUGUUAUCUCCUCCCAGAAUGUCCAAGGUUGAUAAUUUAACUAACAGUGAGGUUAAGAAGAAGAAUGUAGAACAUGUUCCUGGGAAAGGAAAAAAGCGUUUGAGUUCAAAUUCAUCUCUUGAAGAUAAUGUCUUUUCUCCAAAGAGAAGUCCUGGUGCUAAAGUUAACGGAAAAUCUCCCAGUAUGUUGAAAGGGAACAGUAGAGGACUUCAGUCCCCAGGCUCUGUGAUCGAGAUAGAAGAUACAGAUUCAGCAGUUGACACUGAUAAAGAUAAGGAUCUGCUAGGCAGUCCAAAAUCCAGCUUGUCUCGCCGGAAAGCUUCGGGUCCCAUAACAAGGCAUGUUCUGAAGGAGACCAGUGACUCUGAUAAGGAACAAAUGAGGAUGAAGACAAGAGAUUCUGGUUCGAGGAAACCAACACCUGAUGUCGUGGAGCAGGAUGGCAAUGCUAGUGGGGCUGGGUUGAGAUCUCGCAGACGUUCGGCCAACAGUGCAUCAGAGUCUGAGUUGGCUGGUGGGGCACCAGAGCAGCAGAUGUCUUCCCCGAAACGUGAUAAACCAAACUCCCCAAUCAAAGGUUCUGUCUCUAGUCCAAGUUGGGGUUCGAAGAAAGUUCCAGAGUCAAAGAUUCUUUCCCCAUUCAUUAAACCAAGCUCAACUGUCCGUGAUGCAAUGACUAGUGCUAGGAGUUCAAAGAAAACUUCUGAUGAGGAUGAUGCAAGUCCAUUAAAAAGUCCUCGGGGGUCCAAGAAGAAUUCUGACAAAAAUGUUGCAAGUCCAGUGAGAAGCCAACAUGGCUCAAAAAAUUUUGAUGAGGAUGUUACAAGUCCCCUGAGAAGUCCUCAGGGGUCCAAGAAGAAUUCAGAUACAGGAGGUGCAAAUCGAUUGAGAAGCCCACAGGGUCUAAUAAAGGAUUCAAGUGAGAAGGUUGCUAGUCCAGUGAGAAACCCAAAGCGACGUAGCUCAACGUCGCUGUCAGUUGAGGAAACUGAAGAGUUGACAGAGACCCCAAAAAGUCCAAGAAAGAAACAUGGACGUGAAUCGUCUGCUAUUCCCAGAGAUCAAACUCCCUGUUUAGAAACAAAUAUUCCUAUGUCCCCUGGAAAAUCUGAAGGUAGUAAAAGUCCAGCAAAACCACAAUUAAUGAGUCCUGUGAAAGAAUCAUCACCUGUAAAGAAGAAGGCAGCACCUGUAGAUGAAUCUGUCAUCCUGAAAACCCCAAGUCGUACACCACGUAGGAAGAGUGCCAUGUCUGUUCAGCAGAUGUCAAGUGUCGCCAAGGAGGCCAAAGUUAUGGACAUAAGCUCCACACAAGAUGAGGAUGAUAUGCGUAAAUCUUCACGGAAAAGGAGAUCAUCGCGAUUUGGAACUGAUGACGAAGAUGCUGCUCCAAAAGUCAAAACUCCAAGGAGAGGAAAGAAAGGAUCAAAAUCGGAUGAGAGUCAUGGCUCGGAGUCUGGUGACGUAUUAUCUUCCCCUGAAAGAGGGAGUGGUAAAGCAUCUUCUACUUCACUAGACCGAGGGACAGAUGGCGGCUCAAAGACAAAAGUUAAGGAAAACACUCAGGCCACGCCAGGCAGAGAUACCAAACUUAAAUAUUCGUCUGACCAGGACACUGAAGCGAGAUCUCCAAAGAGUGGGAAAAAACUGAAGAAGUCAGUGUCUGCUUCAGAUGGUAGUGAGACAAACACACCAGAGUUAUCGGCCAGUAUAAAGGGAAAAACCAACUCGAGUGCUACACCUGGUAAGAACACUGUGGGACAGACCCCCACAAAAGGGGAUGCUAAAACUCCAAGGAGAAGUUCAAGGUCAGCAUUUGUAGACUCCCCUAUGGUCACAAGGUCAGGGAGGAAGGUGAAGAUGCCAAAGAAAGGGAAGAGAACUCCAGAUACCACACCUUCAUCAAAGCUAAUGACAACUAUUAGGGAGGACGGGGAAGAUGGAGAGGUGGUCUUCAACAUGACACCAUCAAAACAGAGGAAAGGUGGAAGUGUGUCCACACCGUUUCGCUCUGGUCGCAAGAAGACUGAUGCAUGAGUGAUAACUCUACAAAGUCAGCAUCCAAGGGUCUUUCAUUACAUAAAAUACAGCUUGUCUCUUUUGUUUAGAAAUAUUUAAGAGUAACUUAUAAUGUCAAUUUAGUCACGAAUAAUCAGUUACCUGUGUAAUGUAAUUGCAGAUGUUUUGUCUCUUGGUUAACUGGUUUACUAAUGGGACCAGGGGUCAGGCUCGGGGACUUGUUUGAUGCGUGUCAUCGUUUCCAAAUUUCAUAGAUUGGUUCUUAUAAUGUCAAUCACUGGAUUGUCUGGUCCAGACGAUUAUUUACAGCUGUUGUCAUUCAACUGGAAUAUUGCUGACUGCUCAGUUAAACAAACACAAAGAGAUUUCCAAUAUGUUUUAUCUUGAAACAA